AUGGCUCAGGCGGCCAAACAGCUCAAGAAAAUCAAAGACAUCGAGGCGCAGGCCCUCCAGGAACAGAAGGAGAAGGAGGAAUCCAACAGGAAGCGGAGGAAUCGCUCCCGUGACCGCAAGAAGAAGGCCGAUGCCGCCACCAGUUUUCUGAGGGCAGCCAGAUCCGGCAACCUGGACAAGGCCCUGGAUCACCUGAGGAAUGGAGUGGACGUGAACACCUGUAACCAGAAUGGGCUCAACGGCCUGCACCUGGCUUCCAAAGAAGGCCAUGUGAAGAUGGUAGUCGAGUUGCUGCACAAAGAGAUCAUUCUGGAGACGACGACCAAGAAAGGGAACACGGCCCUGCACAUCGCUGCCCUGGCGGGUCAGGACGAGGUGGUCCGGGAGCUCGUCAACUAUGGCGCCAACGUCAACGCACAGUCGCAGAAAGGCUUCACCCCCCUCUACAUGGCCGCUCAAGAGAACCACUUGGAAGUGGUGAAGUUCCUGCUGGAUAACGGAGCUAACCAGAAUGUGGCCACAGAAGACGGCUUCACCCCGCUGGCCGUGGCGCUGCAGCAGGGCCACGAGAACGUGGUGGCCCACCUCAUCAACUACGGCACCAAAGGCAAGGUGCGCCUGCCUGCCCUGCACAUCGCUGCCCGGAACGACGACACCCGCACGGCCGCGGUGCUGCUGCAGAACGACCCCAACCCCGACGUGCUCUCCAAGACGGGAUUCACCCCCCUGCACAUCGCAGCCCACUACGAGAACCUCAACGUGGCCCAACUACUCCUCAAUAGGGGGGCCAGCGUCAACUUCACACCACAGAACGGCAUCACGCCACUGCACAUCGCCUCUCGCAGGGGGAACGUGAUCAUGGUGCGGCUUCUGCUGGACCGCGGGGCCCAGAUAGAAACCAGGACCAAGGACGAAUUGACACCUCUCCACUGUGCAGCUCGGAACGGGCACGUCCGCAUCUCCGAGAUUCUGCUGGACCACGGGGCGCCCAUCCAAGCCAAAACCAAGAAUGGCUUGUCCCCAAUCCACAUGGCGGCUCAGGGAGACCACCUCGACUGUGUCCGACUUCUAUUGCAAUACAACGCUGAGAUUGACGACAUCACCCUGGACCACCUGACCCCGCUCCACGUGGCAGCCCAUUGCGGCCACCACCGGGUGGCCAAGGUCCUCUUGGACAAAGGUGCCAAACCCAACUCCAGAGCCCUGAAUGGCUUUACCCCCUUGCACAUCGCCUGCAAGAAGAACCACAUCCGGGUCAUGGAGCUGCUGCUCAAGACAGGAGCCUCCAUUGAUGCGGUCACCGAGUCCGGCCUGACGCCGCUGCACGUGGCCUCCUUCAUGGGCCACCUGCCCAUCGUGAAGAACCUCCUGCAGCGGGGAGCAUCUCCCAAUGUCUCCAAUGUGAAAGUGGAGACCCCGUUGCACAUGGCGGCCAGGGCAGGACACACGGAGGUGGCCAAAUACCUGCUCCAGAACAAAGCCAAAGUCAAUGCCAAGGCCAAGGAUGACCAGACCCCGCUUCACUGCGCCGCCCGCAUCGGCCACACCAGCAUGGUGCAGCUGCUGCUAGAGAACGGCGCCAGCCCCAACCUGGCCACCACAGCCGGCCACACGCCCUUGCACGUAGCCGCCCGCGAGGGCCACGUGGAGGCAGCUCUGGCCCUCCUAGAGAAGGAAGCGUCACAGGCCUGCAUGACCAAGAAAGGAUUUACCCCUCUCCACGUGGCUGCCAAGUAUGGCAAGGUUCGGGUGGCCGAGCUGCUGUUGGAGCGGGACGCACACCCCAACGCGGCUGGGAAAAAUGGCCUGACCCCGCUGCAUGUGGCUGUCCACCACAACAACCUGGACAUCGUCAAGCUGCUGUUGCCCCGCGGCGGCUCCCCGCACAGCCCUGCCUGGAACGGCUACACACCCUUGCAUAUAGCCGCAAAGCAGAACCAGAUGGAGGUGGCCCGCAGCCUGCUGCAGUACGGGGGUUCCGCAAAUGCUGAGUCGGUGCAGGGUGUGACACCCCUGCACCUGGCCGCCCAGGAGGGCCACGCCGACAUGGUGGCCCUGCUCCUCUCCAAGCAAGCCAACGGCAACCUGGGCAACAAGAGUGGCCUCACCCCACUCCACCUGGUGGCACAGGAAGGCCACGUGCUGGUGGCAGACGUACUGAUCAAACACGGCGUCACGGUGGACGCCACCACCCGGAUGGGGUACACCCCUCUCCAUGUGGCCAGCCACUAUGGAAACAUCAAGCUGGUCAAGUUCCUGCUGCAGCACCAGGCAGAUGUCAAUGCCAAGACCAAGCUGGGGUACAGCCCCUUGCACCAGGCAGCCCAGCAAGGACACACGGACAUCGUGACGCUGCUGCUGAAAAGUGGUGCUUCCCCAAACGAAGUCAGCUCAAACGGAACCACUCCGCUGGCCAUCGCCAAGCGCCUGGGCUACAUUUCCGUGAUAGAUGUGCUCAAGGUGGUCACGGACGAAGGCAGCGUGGUGAUGGUCAGUGACAAGCACCGCAUGAGUUUCCCGGAGACAGUAGAUGAGGUCCUGGACGUGUCUGAAGAUGAAGGCACCGCUCACUUAUCUCUAAUGGGGGAAGACCUCGUGGGCUCCAAGGCUGAGAAACCGGACGCCAGGGAUGUGGAUGACGAGAGAGAGCUGCUGGACUUUGUGCCAAAGCUUGACCAAGUCGUGGAGUCCCCAGCCAUCCCCAGGAUCCCAUGUGUCACGCCUGAGACUGUGGUGAUCCGAUCCGAGGAGCCAGAGCAGGCCUCCAAGGAGUACGACGAAGACUCCCUGAUCCCCAGCAGCCCUGCCACGGAGACCUCUGACAAUAUCAGCCCGGUGGCCAGCCCUGUCCACACAGGGUUCCUGGUCAGCUUCAUGGUAGACGCCCGGGGAGGCUCCAUGAGGGGCAGUCGGCACAAUGGUCUCCGGGUGGUGAUCCCUCCGCGCACCUGCGCAGCGCCCACACGCAUCACCUGCCGCCUGGUCAAGCCCCAGAAGCUGAGCACACCGCCUCCGCUGGCCGAGGAGGAGGGCCUGGCCAGCAGGAUCAUCGCGCUGGGGCCCACGGGCGUUCAGUUCUUGAGCCCCGUGAUCGUGGAGAUACCCCACUUUGCCUCCCACGGCCGUGGGGACCGCGAGCUGGUGGUGCUGAGAAGUGAAAACGGCUCGGUGUGGAAGGAGCACAAGAGUCGCUACGGAGAAAGCUACCUGGACCAGAUCCUCAACGGGAUGGACGAAGAGCUGGGCAGCCUGGAGGAGCUGGAGAAAAAGCGUGUGUGUCGCAUCAUCACCACGGACUUCCCGCUGUACUUCGUGAUCAUGUCGCGCCUGUGCCAGGACUGCGACACCAUCGGGCCCGAGGGCGGGGCUCUGCAGAGCAAGCUGGUACCCAUGGUGCAGGCCACCUUCCCAGAGAACGCUGUCACCAAGCGGGUGAAGCUGGCCCUUCAGGCCCAGCCUGUCCCCGACGACCUGGUCACCAAACUCCUGGGCAACCAGGCCACCUUCAGCCCCAUUGUCACCGUGGAGCCCCGGCGCCGGAAGUUCCACCGGCCCAUUGGCCUGCGCAUCCCGCUGCCCCCGUCCUGGACGGACAACCCGCGGGACAGUGGAGAAGGGGACACCACCAGCCUGCGCCUGCUCUGCAGUGUCAUCGGUGGAACAGACCAGGCCCAGUGGGAGGAUAUCACAGGAACAACCAAGCUCGUGUAUGCCAAUGAGUGUGCCAACUUCACCACCAACGUGUCUGCCAGGUUCUGGCUGUCAGACUGCCCGCGAACAGCCGAGGCCGUGAACUUCGCCACCAUGCUCUACAAGGAGCUCACAGCGGUGCCCUACAUGGCCAAGUUUGUCAUCUUUGCUAAGAUGAACGACCCCCGAGAAGGGCGGCUACGCUGCUACUGCAUGACGGAUGACAAGGUGGACAAGACCCUGGAGCAGCACGAGAACUUCGUGGAGGUGGCCCGGAGCAGGGACAUUGAGGUCCUGGAGGGCAUGUCGCUGUUCGCAGAGCUGUCAGGGAACCUGGUGCCGGUCCGCAAGGCAGCCCAGCAGCGCAGCUUCCACUUCCAGUCCUUCCGUGAGAACCGGCUUGCCAUCCCAGUGAAGGUGCGCGACAGCAGCCGGGAGCCAGGGGGAUCCCUGCUCUUCCUGCGCAAGGCCAUGAAGUAUGAGGAUGCCCAGCAUAUCCUGUGCCACUUGAAUGUCACCAUGCCCCCUUGCACCAAGGGGAGCGGAGGAGAGGACAGGAGGAGGACCUUGACACCGCUGGCCCUGAGAUACAGCAUUCUCAGCGAGUCCCCAGGUUUUCUCAGUGGGACAGACCGAGCAGACAUGAAGAUGGCAGUCAUCUCGGAGCACCUGGGCCUCAGCUGGGCAGAGUUGGCCCGGGAGCUGCAGUUCAGCGUGGAAGACAUCAAUAGGAUCCGCGUAGAGAACCCCAACUCGCUGCUGGAUCAGAGCACAGCCUUGCUGAACCUCUGGGUCUUACGCGAAGGCAAAAACGCCCAAAUGGACAGUCUGUACACAGCCCUCCGCAGCAUCGACCGCGGUGAGCUCAUUGACCUGCUCGAGGGCUCGGGCAGGCAGAGCCGCCACCUGAAGCCCGACCGGCGGCAUGUGGACCGCGACUACUCGGUGUCACCCUCCCAGAUGAAUGGUUACUCCUCGCUGCAGGACGAGCUGCUGUCCCCUGCCUCCCUGCACUACGCCCUUCCCUCUCCGCUGCGUGCAGACCAGUACUGGAACGAAGUGGCCGUCCCAGACGCCAUCCCCCUGGCGGCCACGGAGCAUGACGCCAUGCUGGAGAUGUCUGACAUGCAGCUGUGGUCCGCAGACCUCACGCCCUCCCUGGUCACUGCUGAGGACUCCUCCCUGGAGUACAGCAAGGCCGAGGACUCGGACGCCACGGGCCACGAGUGGCGGCUGGAGGGGGCGCUCUCGGAGGAGCCGCGGGGCCCGGAGCUGGGUUCCCUGGACCUCGCAGAGGACGACACGGUGGAUUCAGAUGCCACCAAUGGCCUUAUCGAUUUGCUUGACCAGGAGGAAGGUCAGAGAUCAGAAGAGAAGCCGCCAGGUCCUCCGAGGCAGGAUGAGGACCCGGCAGGUGCAGGGCGGGACUCGGAAAGUCAAGUGUCUCUUGUUGCAGGCCAGCAGAGGAGGGUGCAAGGCCACACCUCAGACUUACCCUCCGGGCGGCAGGUACUGGAGAGCGGCCGGGACAGACUGCAAGACUGGGACAGGGCAGGCUCCAUGGGCUCCCACGUACAUGGAGCUGCACAGAGCUCCUGGCUGCAGGAGCUGACGCCCAGCCUGCACUCACAAGAUGAUGUCCUGAAGGCGUCCACCGGCGAGGCCCUGGCCUACAGCCAGCGGAUGCAACAGGCCAAGCACACCUUCUCCCAGGAACUGCAGCACAUCCACCAGGAGCUGGACCGGGAGCUGGGGGAGGGCGAGGGCCACGGUGGCGACGAUGAGGAGACCGUCUCCAGCAGGGUAGUCCGCCGCCGGCUCUUCCUGAAGGGACACGAGCUCCAGGGUAUUCCAGGGGAGCAGGUGACAGAGGAACAAUUCACCGACGCACAGGGCAACAUUGUCACCAAGAAGACCAUCCGCAAAGUCGUUCGGCAGAUAGACUCGUCCGUGACUGGGGAUCCCCAGGAGCAUGAGGAGGUGAUCAUUGGGGGGCCCCUAGAAGGCUCCAGUGAGCUAGAAGCUGACGUGGAUUACCUAACAAAGCUCUCCAAGGUGGAGCUGAGAGGGAGCGGCCUGCAGCCGGACCUGGCAGAGGGCAGGAAGGGGGCUCAGAUAGUGAAGCGGGCCAGCCUGAAAAGGGGCAAGCAGUGAAGCCGGCCUUCCGGGCCCGGAGCGGCUCUGUGGGAGGACCUCACCUCGACGCCCAAUCCCUGAACUCCACAUACCCUGCCAUGCACACAGGAGGAGAGCCGACCCUGGGGAGGGCUCUAGACCACGGGGCGACUCGGCUGCCCCCUACAGGCCGGCGCCAUCAUCUGCAGUAAAGGACUUCCUUUAAGCCUCCUCCGUGGGUGUGGCCAACUGGCCAGGACACCUGUGCCCCACAGCCCCACGACAAGGACCAGGGCAACCAGGCUGGUGGAGGGGGCGGGGGUGCACGCGCGCGUGGGCAGGCAGGCACAGCACAUGUGAACAAGGGCUCUUGGGCAGCUGGGGAUAGCUUUGGAGUGUUUUCGUUUUGACUGAGUACAGGGUAACUUUGUGUUUAUUCUUCGACUUUUCAUCCUGAAGGAGUCCAUGUUGGCUUCCUGGAAGAAGUGUGUGUGGUGGGCAAGAAGGGAGCCAAGAGGCCCGCAUUCAGUAGUUGGCCCUGUCCCUUCUCCCACCACCCUCAGACACCUCCAUUGCGUUAGGACGUCUCCUCACCUCCGGUGGGCGGACACGGAGGGGCACGGAUUCAACACAUGCACACCACACACACACACCAUGGCCUCCUUGCACCCACUCAUACACACACAGUGUUACUGUGGAGCCACUGGCAUUUUUUUUUUCUUCUUGUUUCUGCAAGUUUCAAUAUUGAUCAAUUUCCAAAGGAAAAUCAUUGCCUUUAGGGGUGCAUUCAGGGUCCCUUAGAGGCAGGGACCUCCCACACGCUCCCUACACACACACGCACACACACACACGCACGCACACACACAGCAGGCUCUGCGUCAGGGCCCAGUUUGGGGGCUUCUCUCUCUCCGAGCUGGGGAAGGGCUGGCAGCCGCCCCAGGAGACGGAGCGGAUCGCACCAGCAUGUUCCAUACAGAAGAGGUGGGUUUUUUUUUUUUCUAAUAUCUUCCAGCACUUAAAUCUCAUAUAAUAGUCCUUGUCCAUAAAAGUGUAAAACUGUACAGUCAAUCAGCUUUGUGUAUAUGAGGAAAAAAAACAAAAAAAAAAAAACAAAAAAAAAACGAAACAAAAACAAUAAAUACUAUGCAAACCAAUAGCAACACUUUAGCGGUAUGUGCACACACAGCCCCAGCCAGCCGGGCUGCCCAGGGCUCGCGCGGGCUGCGGGAGGAGCCGUCAGGGAAGCGAGGAGGGGUUUGCGCGAGCGUCAGGACCACCCCAAGCUCUCCCAGAGCCCACUUGGUGCUCGCACCCCGGGCAGCCCGCAGGCUGGGGCGGAGCGGGGCAGGGCCGGGGCGCCGGGGCAGGGCAGGGAGGCGAGGGGCGGCGCGGCUGUUCCCCACCCCUGCCAAGCACCCCUUUGCCCGCGCCUCGGUUCAGCCAGGGCAGAGCCUUAAGCCACACUCACACAGCGGGGCGCGCCUCCGGCGGAGGGAAGCCCGAAUCAGCACAAACUCCAGGGGCCCUGACCGCCGCUCCGCAGAGCCGCCGCUGGCCGGACCCUUCCUAGUAGCACAGACGCGCCCGCGGUUGGCGAGGGCCCGCGCCGCGCCGCAUCCGGGCCGGGCCGGGCGGCGCGGGGUCGAGGCUGACCGGGUGAGGCCGCCGCGACCCCCCGCCUGGCCCUCGCUCUCCCUCCCCGGUCGCCCCCCGCGCGGGCCCGGCUCCGCUGCGCUUUGGCACCCUGCGUGCGCCCCGCCCGGCAUGGCUACUUGGCCGCGCGUUUCCCCGUGCCAGUAGGAGCUGCUGGGCGCCAGCUCAGCUCGGGGAGGUGGGGUCCCCCACACCCACGCCUAGAGAAUGCUGCACAGUCUGCGCAUUAGACGCUUUUUAGAAGUUUGGAAAUUAACCUUGAGGUUUUUUUUUUUUUUAAUUGUUAUGAAAAAAAAAACCGAAUUCAUGUCUUGACUCGCCUCCCACCUGCAGUUACUGGGAGGGGGUCGCCUCCACUCCCACCCCUCACCCCAUUAUGAUGAUGUAAACACCAUUUUCCCUACACCAGCUGAACAAAUGUCAAAAUUAAUAAAGAAAUGGACCCAUGG